AUGGUCUUCAUCUCAGUACACCAUCAUCUACAAUAUAUUUCUUUUUUAGAAGUUCCUAAAGCAGAGAAGACCCCUGCUGUAAAGGAAUUUGUUGCUUUACUUCCUCGACCAAACUAUCUUCUGCUGAAAACUGUGGUGAAAUUCUUAACAAUGGUUGCGGCUAACCAUAAAGUUAAUUUGAUGACUGCGAACAAUCUCAGUGUUGUAUUUGGACCAAAUCUCACGUGGCCGACUGAUCAGCAGGCAUUUGAAAUCUGUGCAUUCCAGGUGCCUAUAGCUCAGCUGAAUAACUUGAAUAAUUUCUGCUAUCGACUAAUUAUCGACUACGACAAAAUUUUCAAGUAA